UAAUGAAGCGAGCCGUCAGGGGACAAGCAUGAUAAGCCUCGCCAAACUCCCUCUAUCAGUGGCUCCUGUGAAACCCCACAACCAACCUUCGCGCCAAAACCUUCAUCCAUCUUCGUCGCUCUUUAACCACCAUAACAGCCGCUUCCACUCCCUCAAGGACCGCCUCAUCCACCACCUCGAUGCCGGCCACCUCCGCAAAGCAAUCUCAACCCUCGAUAUCAUGUCCCAAGAAGGGACUCAUCCAGACCUCAUCACCUACUCCCUUCUCCUCAAAUCCUGCAUCCGUGCAAAUAAUUUCCAACAGGGUAAACUCGUCCAUGAUUACUUGACUCAGUCUGGACUGGAGCUCGACUCGGUCAUUCUCAAUUCUCUGAUUAGCCUCUACUCUAAAUGUGGUGAAUGGGACAAAGCCAAUAGUAUUUUUGAAUGUAUGGGGGAUAAGAGGGAUUUGGUUUCAUGGAGUGCUUUGAUCUCUUGUUAUGCUAAUAAUAGAAUGGAAUAUGAGGCUGUAAAUACAUAUAUUGAUAUGCUUGAUUGCGGGUUUUAUCCUAAUGAGUACUGCUAUACUGCAGUUAUCCGUGCUUGUUCAAAUAAGGACAAUGUUUCUAUCGGUCAAAUAAUUUUGGGGUCUGUGAUAAAAAGUGGAUAUUUUGACUCUCAUGUGUGUGUGGGGUGUGCUUUGAUUGACAUGUUUGUAAUGGGGAGUGGUGAUUUCGAUUCUGCAUAUAAGGUGUUCAGUAAAAUGACAGAGAGAAAUGUUGUUACUUGGACUUUGCUGAUAACUAGGCUUCAGCAAUUGGGCUAUUCACGAGAUGCUAUUGAUUUUUUUAUCAAUAUGGUUUCGAGUGAGUAUAUACCAGAUAAAUAUACACUAAGCGGGGUUGUUUCGGCUUGUGCAGAAUUGAGAUUGUUAUCAUUUGGGCAGCAAUUGCAUUCUUGGGCCAUAAAAUCAGGAUUGUUUUUGGAUGUUUGUGUUGGGUGUAGUUUGGUGGAUAUGUAUGCAAAGUGUACAACGGAUGGAUUUAUGGCUGAUUCUAGGAAGGUGUUUGAUCGGAUGUCAGAUCAUAAUGUUAUGUCUUGGACUGCAAUUAUUACAGGGUAUGUGCAGAGUGGAGGGUAUGAUAUGGGAGCUGUUGAAUUAUUCCUUGAAAUGAUUAAAGGACAAGUCAAACCAAACCAUUUCACAUUUUCUAGCAUUCUCAAGGCAUGUGCAAAUCUUUCUGAUCUGCCUAUGGGUGAACAAGUUUAUGCCUAUGCAGUGAAAUUGGGGCUUGCAUCAGUUAAUUGUGUGGGGAAUUCUCUUAUUAGCAUGUAUGCUCGAUGUGGUAAUAUGGAAAAUGCUAGGAAAACUUUCAAUGUUCUAUUUGAGAAGAAUUUGAUUUCUUAUAAUACAAUUGUCAGUGCUUAUGCAAAGAGUUUGAAUUCUGAAGAAUCAUUUGAACUUUUUAUUGAAAUUGAGGAUGCAGGGACUCAGGUUGAUGCUUUUACAUUUGCUAGCCUUUUGAGCGGAGCAUCUAGUAUUGGUGCAAUUGGUAAAGGUGAGCAAAUCCAUGCUCGGAUACUGAAAUCAGGUUUCAACUCAAGCCUUCACAUUUCUAAUGCUUUGAUCUCUAUGUACUCUAGAUGUGGAGAUAUAGAAGCUGCUUUUCAAGUUUUUAAUGGUAUGGGAGAUCACAAUGUUAUAUCUUGGACUUCAAUGGUCACUGGUUUUGCAAAACAUGGAUUUGCCGUAAGGGCUUUGGAGACCUUCCACAAAAUGCUAGAGGCAGGUGUGAGGCCAAAUGAGGUCACAUAUAUUGCUGUUUUAUCAGCUUGUAGUCAUGUGGGUUUGAUUUCCGAGGGAUGGAAACACUUCAAAUCAAUGAGUAUGGAACAUGGUAUUGUCCCAAGGAUGGAACAUUAUGCUUGUAUGGUUGAUUUACUAGGCCGAUCAGGAUGUCUUGAGGAAGCAAUGGAAUUCAUUAACUCGAUGCCUUUCAAGGCUGAUGCUUUGGUGCUUCGUACUUUUCUCGGAGCUUGUCGAGUAAAUGGUAACAUAAAUCUUGGGAAACAUGCUGCUAAGAUGAUUCUUGAGCAAGACCCAAAUGACACAGCGGCAUACAUCCUUCUAUCAAAUUUGUAUGCUUCUACUGGUCAAUGGGAUGAAGUGGCAGAAACUAGAAAAAACAUGAAAGAGAGAAAUUUGACUAAAGAAGCAGGUUGUAGCUGGAUCGAGGUGGAAAAUAAAGUGCAUAAGUUCUAUGUGGCUGAUACUUCACACCCACAAGUUUUAGAGAUUUAUGAUGAACUGGAUCAAUUGGCUCUAAAAAUAAAGGAAUUGGGCUAUGUUCCAAGCACAGAUUUUGUUCUUCAUGAUGUUGAGGAGGAGCAAAAGGAGCAAUAUUUGUUUCAACACACUGAGAAAAUUGCUGUUGCAUUUGGUUUCAUCAGCACAUCUAAAUCUAAACCAGUAAGGGUUUUUAAGAAUCUUAGAGUUUGUGGAGAUUGUCACACAGCAUUCAAAUACUUUUCAAUCGUCAAAGGAAGAGAAAUUGUGGUGAGGGAUUCCAAUCGAUUCCAUCAUUUCAAGGAUGGGAAAUGCUCUUGUAAUGAUUACUGGUAAAAUGAGUUGGAGCUAAUGGUGAUCUUGGUCUUAUUCUUGAGUUGUCUCGACGUACUGCUUGUAAUGCGAUUGCAAAUAGCUUCCAAAUUUCAAGAAUUGUCACUUUGAUGAUCA